AUGUUGAACUCAAUUGCGAGGCAACACAGUGAGAUUAGAGAACUGCUCCAAGACAAGGGUCAAGAACACCGAAUUGAGGGCAUACAGGUGGAGGUCCUCAUUGCAGUUGGCAAAUUUUUGACCCCUUUCAAACAUGCUUCAGAGGACAUGGAGGGAUACCGAUACCCAACUAUCAACUCAGUUUUGUUAUGGUACCACAGGCUGCGAAUGCACUGUGAGCCUAGGUGCGGGGACCCACUGUACAUGGAGCACAUUCGCAGACAUGCCGGAGAGCUCUUGAAUGACAAGAUGACCAUCACCCCUAUCCAUAAAAUUGCCACUUUCCUCUCACCGCGAUUCAAGAGCCUAAAGAUGCUCUCACCAGAUGAAAGCUUGGUAGUCCAAGCUGAAGCCAGGAGACUGACUACAGCCCUCAUUCCAGCUCUGCAAGCUCAGACUGCGCAAAGGCAAGCAGCAGACGACACAAGCGAAACACAGAGAGAAGAAGCAGAAGCUAUAGGCCCAACCAUGCGAGAACAUUUACUGAAAAGGCGCAGGAUGUUCCUGGAAUGGGAAGACACGCCGGAUCUUAUAGAGCCAGAUGAAGUACAGCGUUAUAUGCAGUCACACUUCAGCCUUGAUGAAUGUAAUGAAGAUGUCCUUGGCUUUUGGGGGGCUCAUUGUCAUGAUUUCCCUCUAAUGUCGAUGCUGGCAAGAGCGGUGCUUUGCGUUCCUGCAACCAGCGCUUCGAGCAAGCGUGCGUUCAGUUCAUCAGUAGCAGUCAAGGAUAGUAACGGGUCUCUCCUGAAAGAUGCUAAAAGCAUUAACCGUUGCUGGAUGGAACACUUCCGAGAGCUCCUGAACCGCGACUCCUCUGUCGAUGAGGCUGUUUAUGAUGAGAUUCAGCAGCUACCUAUAAACCAGGAGCUCGGGAGUGAACCCAGGCCCGCCAAGAUAUGA